GACUCCGGGUUCCGCUUCGGGCGCCACGGGGACCCCUUCGGGUCGCUGCCCCCGAAGCCCGCCCCGAUGCACCCGUUCCUGAGCGGCGGGCGCCAAGGGAGGUCGCUGACGUCCCACGACCCGGAGUGGAGGGACGUCUACGGGCACAAGAGCCCGUCGGCCGGGGAGCUCGAGCUCAAGCGGAGCAAGAAGGACGGGCCUCUGAUCUACCAGCUCAAGGGCGGCGUCACCGUGAUGUACCUCGGGGACCAAGGAAAGAAGCCGCCAGCCGCUUCGGCGGGCGCCACGCCGUGGGCCACGCGGAGGUCGGAGUCAGUGCCGGCGGGCGCUGGGGCGAAGCCGCGCGCCGCGCAG